CUCUGAUUGGUCGGUUGUCCUUACAUCAUUUACCAAGCAGGAAGAGAAUUAAACAACAUGCUCAGGCAUGUUCCGAAGAAAUUAAAAAAGUCCCUGGCGUCCAUUAUUCCUUGCCACCAUUUUGUGAUGUCUGACAGCGCUUCUUGUGUUCUGCGGGAUGUGACUCUCUGCUCGCCAGUAGGAGACAUCCUGCUGAGCGGCUGCGAGAAGGGAGUUCAUACCAUUAAUAUCAAACUGGGAACAAACAAAGAGGAAAGUGUGCGCCCUGUUGGAAAGUCAGAAAUGAGCCCUGAGUUGCAGUGCUGUGUCGACUGGCUUCAGUGCUACUUCAUGAGACCCGAAUCCCUCAGCGCUCUUCCUUUGCCUGCCUUGCACCAUCCGCUAAUGCAGAGCGACUCUUUUAAAGCACAUGUGCUGAGGACUCUGUUUAAGGAAGUGGGACUUGGUAGAACAGUCUCUUACAAGCAGCUUGCCGAAAUGAUUGGCAAUCCAAAAGCUGUGAGAGCAGUGGGUUCAGCCAUGAAGAAUAACCCGGUUCCCUUGAUAGUGCCGUGUCACCGGGUGCUGCGUAGUACAGGGGACAGUGGCUCAUAUAUGGGAGGAAAGGGAGAUGAUAUUAAAGUUUGGUUGCUUACUCAUGAGAAAAAAGCAUUGGAUAUCACUGCAUCAAAGAGUGAAAAAUCCAUCUGAUGGACCCUAAAAACACUUCACGCUCUUUCUCAGUUUCUUCACAAAGAUUUCGUUAAUUCCAUUUUUUGAUUUCUGGUUGACGGGGCAAAUUAUAUUCCGAUUUAGCAUAUAGACCCUUUGCUGCUAUCUAUAUAUCCUCUAUAGUUAGUAUAGAGUAGUAAAGAAUAUAUUGGAAAUGUGUUUUUGAGAGCAGCUGGUUUGAUGUUCUGGUUGUCAGUGUUUCAUUGACAUUGUUCAUUUAACAUACGUUUGUUGUUUAAUCCAAAGGAUUAUGAAAGAAAAAGAUGCAAGAUGCUUUUUACUAAGAUGCAAAGGUAGUAUUUUUGCAGCAAAUUAUUUUGUAUUCUGUAUCUCAUUUAUACAAGACGUGUUUUAAGAUAAUAAACAGCUCUGUAAAGCAAGUUAAAUUGUUUAAUUAAAUUAAAUGUUUUUAAUGUUGGCUCAAUGGUUAAUAGAAUUUAAAAAAAAUAGAAAAUACAUAAUUCUAAAUAUUUUUAAAGGAAGUCU